AUGACGGCUUGUUCUCAUAUCUCUCAGCUGUCCUUGCGGCCGCCGACUGCUACCCAGGCGGUUUAUCGAGAGGACUGUACUAUCUGCUUCGAUUCCAUUGACGAUGAACAAGGUCUCGAUGUUUGCCUCAGCUGUUUCAACGGCGGUUGUGCCGGUGACCGUAUGCACGGUCGUUUGCACUCUGCACAAAGGGACCACCCCUUAGCUCUAAACAUUCGAAGAACGAAGAAACCGAAGGUCGAGAGAGACGAACCGCCAACAAAGCUUACAAAGCUGGCUAUUGCAGCUGAAACUGAAGCCGAUAUUUACGAUACCAAAACUUUUGUCAGGUGUUAUUCUUGCGAAGUUGAUGAUGUGGAACAGGCUGGGAAUCUACCACAAGUCGUCGAAGGUGUUCUUAAUGCCCUGACAGCUGCUCGAGCUGAUGAAGUUCAUGCUUGGAAUCUAGAGCUUGAGCAUUGCGAGCAUGUUUCUUUCUUAGUUCAAGAUAGUAAGGAUGGGAAGAAUAUUGAUCUAACCAAAUGCACCGACUGCGACCUCAAGGAGAACCUCUGGAUGUGUCUUCAAUGCGGAAACCUCGGCUGCGGUCGUGCCCAAUUUGGUGGCGUCGGCGGAAACUCCCACGGUGUCGCUCACUUCAACGCUACAAACCACCCCGCCUCUGUAAAACUCGGUAGUAUAUCCCCAGAAGGGACUGCUGAUAUCUACUGCUACAUUUGUAACGAUGAACGUCUUGAUCCCCAUCUUACCGAACAUCUUCAUCACUGGGGUGUUGCUAUCGCCGAGCGACAGAAGACUGAGAAGUCGUUGACCGAAAUGAAUAUUGAGCAGAAUCUUCGGUGGGAGUUUAGGAUGACUGGUGAAGACGGGAAGGAACUGAGCCCCUUGUUCGGACCUGGUUUGACUGGGUUGAAGAAUCUUGGGAAUUCAUGCUAUUUGGCAUCAAUCCUGCAGUGCCUUUUCUCUUUGGAAGGAUUCAAGAAGCGAUAUGGCGAGGUUGACGAUGUUCCUGUUGCCGAUCGACCUGCCGAGGACUUGGAUACGCAGUUGAAGAAAGUAGGCGAUGGAUUGUUGUCCGGACGGUACUCGAAGCCCGAUGAACCACAACCAUCAACCACGGAGCACACGUACGUGCAGUACCAGAAAGGUAUUGCUCCAGCGAUGUUGAAAGCACUAGUUGGUAAGGGACAUGAGGAAUUUUCAACUAUGCGACAACAGGAUGCCUUCGAACUCCUCCUCCACCUCUUCAAACUCAUUACCCGGUCUCCACAUCCUGAACCACAGAAGGACCCGGUCUCGGAUUUCAAAUUUGCUGUAGAGCAAAGACUUCAAUGCUUGGGGUGUAAGAAGGUGAGAUAUAGGACCGAUGAGCAGGAUAAUAUCACCGUUCCUGUUCCAGCUAGAAGACUUAAGGAUGUCGUUAUGGGCGAAGACGGGAAGAAAGGGGAAGAGUUUGAAGCUGUGACUUUGAAGGAAUGUUUGGAUAUAUUCACUGCAUCAGAAGCGAUUGAGUAUACUUGCAAGGCAUGUGGAAGCAAGGAAGGGGCAGUCAAGAGAAUCGGGUUCAAGACCUUCCCGAAGGUUCUGGCCGUGAACGCAAGAAGGUUUGCACUUAUUAAUUGGGUACCUACGAAGUUGGACAUCCCGGUUGUUGUUGACACCACACCUUUCCCGUUGGACCCAUACCUUUCACCCGGUCUACUAGAUACCGAGGAGCUUCUUCCAGAAGAUGCAGCCGAAGGCUCUGCGCCAUCGUUCGAACCAAAUGCAGCAGCAAUGGAACAGCUUGAAGCCAUGGGUUUCCCGGGAAUCCGCUGCCAAAAAGCACUUUACCACACCGGCAACUCCAAUGCCGAAGAGGCAAUGAACUGGCUAUUCCAGCAUAUGGAGGAUCCAGACAUUGAUGCUCCUUUGGAGCUCCCUGGAAGUUCUGGCGGUAGUGGCGGUGGUGCAGGUGGCUCCUCAACUGACCCUGAGCAGAUUGUCAUGUUGACGGCUAUGGGGUUUACGGAAGCACAAGCGAAGAAGGCCCUGAGGGAGACGGGUGGGGAUGUUGAGCGGGCUGUCGAGUGGGUGUUUAGUCAUCCAGACGAUACUGGAGAUGAUGAUACUGCUACAACGGCAGCGGCUGGUGGGGAAGCAAAAGAGAAAUCAGUUCCGGGAAGCGCGGAGAUACCGGCAAAUUUCCAGCUGCAUAGCAUUGUCUGUCAUAAGGGGUCGAGUAUUCACGCCGGACACUAUGUGGCUUUUAUCAGGAAGCUUGUUGAUCAAGGGGAGGCUGGGUUGAAGGAAGCCUGGGUUUUGUUUAAUGAUGAAAAGGUUGUUGAAGGAGCGGAUGUUGAGGAGAUGAAGAAGUUUGCGUAUGUCUAUUUCUUCGAGAGGGUUUGA